CAUGGUGGCAGCCAAAAUCACAAACAAGUUCAGUCAAACUAUCCAAACGCCGAAAAGAGUAAAACCUGGGUAAAGUGGAAAACCACAGAGCAAUUGCCUAAAAUACUUCGCAAAAAUCUGGAGAAUCCCUCGACAUUUAAUAAUUACAAUGUCUCUCCACCACUCUCCUCGGCAGUCUCAACUACUCUCUUCCAUCUGCAUUUAUUCAAAUUUACCGUCCCUAAGCUCAGGGAAGAAAUCUUGCUCAACAUCAUACAAGGUAUCGAGAGGUCCGAGGUUCGAAUCCCUGAGAUGUCAAUCUACGGCUGUUUCAGGGGACGUUUCCAUUCAGGCGGAAAAGGGAUUCGUGGACCGGAACGUGGUGCAACGCAGUGUGGUUCGCCUCGGUUUGCCAAGCAAGGGUCGCAUGGCCACCGAUACACUUGAUCUGCUCAAGGAUUGUCAACUUGCAGUACGGCAGGUUAAUCCUCGACAAUAUGUAGCAGAUAUUCCUGGGCUUCCAAACUUAGAAGUGUGGUUCCAGCGACCAAAGGACAUUGUUCGAAAGCUCCUCUCGGGGGACCUAGACCUUGGUAUUGUUGGUUAUGAUACUGUCUGUGAAUUUGGACAGGGUGACGAAGACUUGAUCCUUGUGCAUGAUGCUCUCAACUAUGGGGAGUGUCACUUGUCCAUCGCAAUUCCAAAGUAUGGAAUUUUUGAGAACAUCUCAUCUAUGGAUGAACUAGGAGCCAUGCCUCAGUGGACUGCUGAUAGGCCUUUACGCAUUGCAACAGGAUUCACUUAUCUAGGUCCAAAAUUUGCAAAGGAGAAGGGUUUAAAGUAUGUCAAAUUCUCCACAGCUGAUGGAGCACUGGAAGCUGCUCCUGCGAUGGGUAUUGCAGAUGCAAUUUUGGACCUUGUGAGCAGUGGAACGACUUUGCGUGAGAACAAUUUGAAGGAAAUAAAGGGUGGAAUUGUUGUAGAAAGUCAGGCUGUAUUUGUUGCAAGUAAGAAAGCCUUACUUCAGGGCAAAGAUGUGCUAGAGACUACGCAUGAAAUGCUGGAAAGGUUGGAAGCACAUUUGAGAGCAGACAGUCAAUUUACGGUCGUUGCGAACAUGCGAGGGAAGUCUGCAGAAGAAGUGGCAGAACGUAUACUCAGGAAAACUGAUUUUCCUGGUUUACAGGGACCAACUAUAAGUCCUGUCUUCUGCAAGAGAGAUGGAAAAGUUCAGCCUGAUUAUUAUGCGAUAGUUAUAUGUGUACCCAAAAAACGACUUUAUGAAUGUGUUUGCCAGCUGAGAGAGAUAGGAGGAAGUGGGGUACUUGUUUCUCCGUUAACAUACAUCUUUGAUGAAGAACCACCGAGAUGGCGUAAGCUACUGAAUCAAUUAAACAUUUAACUUUUGUCAUGCAUCCGCUGGUUUUCUUCAGCACCAGUUUAAUAGUGGGAUAUGAAGGAAAAUACUCAGUCUUUGCCAUUUGCUUUGCGAUUUUGAAUUUUCUCCUGUUGUAUAGAUUUUGACAAUGUAAGCUACCUGAGACAAAAAAGCUCAACAAUCUAUAAAUGUACCGUUCUAUACUGGGCUCAUUAUUUUGAGAGGUCCAAGUUCCAGUGUCUCCUCGUUGAUGGUAGAAAUUAGAGCUAAUGAACUGAAGUUCUCCUCUGCAGAACUCUGUACUCGUCAUUAAUUAGCUUUAUGCAGACAGAGUGCUUUUUGUGUUGUUCCUAAUAUGAGUCUAGCGUGCUUCCUCUUAAUCAAUCAAGAUUUUCAGGAAUAUUUUGCCCAGUCUGCCAACAGUGGCAGAAUUUAGAAGCUUCAUUCUGUCCUCAUCAUAUUCGGUUCCAAUCAGUACCUAUUUCUUGUUUCUAUCAUGAUUAAUGACUUAUUGUAUCAUUAAAAUAUGCAACAAAAGGAAAUUUGGUACAUUUGAUGAUUAGACUCCUGAAAAAUGUAACAUAUUAGAUUUUAAAGAUUUAUCGGUUGAGGGAUUCAAUAGAUUAUUAAAUUGUAACCUUGUGUUAUUUUGACA